AUGGAGCAGGCUGCUAGCCAGGUUCAGCCUGGUGCGCUGGAGCAAAUCUUAGGUUCGGUUGAGACCUCCCUGCAGCCUCUUCGGGAAGAGGUGGCAUCUGGCCACAUCGUCCCAAAGUUCGGUGAGAAGGCCGACGGAGUGCUGAGUGGUGCUGUGAAGCAGGCUGGCAGCGCUGGCAAAGAGGUUGAGAAGGUGGUGGAUGUUUGA